AUGUCGGUCGACAUGUUCGAAUUUCCCGUCUUGGAGGAUACCCGUCCCAAGGACCGAUCCCUUCCUGCCUUCAUGGUCUCGACUACCAGAGGCUUCCUCCCACGUCAGGAACCACUGGAGAGACUCCCAGUGGAGUUCGAGGCUGUAGAAUCCUUGCUCCAACGCAUGCCUAUCAAGACGCUAUCAGGGGAACCUGGUUUGCUUGCGAAGUUCACCUUCGGCGACACUCUCGACAAGGAGCUACCAGACCUCAGCGACGAGGUAGAGAAGUAUCGCGAUGAUCUAGUCGUCAUGAACGCUUUGUACCGCGAUUACUCGUUCUUGGCUUCAGCAUACUUGUUUGAGCCUUGCCAUGAAAGGUUCCUCAAAGACGAACCAUACGGGCUGGGGAGGCAGAAGCUGCCUCGUAGUAUCGCGUUGCCGAUUGUCAAGGUUGCUGAGAUCGCUGGUUUCAAGCCGUUCAUGGAGUAUGCAGGCUCAUAUGCUCUCUUCAACUACCGCCUCCAGGAUCCCGAUAAAGGCCUAGAGUACGACAACCUACGCUUGAUCCGUGCCUUCGAGCAUGGGCUUGACCCUUCGUCCUCGGAGGCUGGGUUUGUGCUGGUGCACAUCGCCAUGGUGAAGGAGUCUGGCCCGCUCGUCAAAGGCACGGUCGAGAUGCUCGAGAGCUGCAUCGCGAAGGAUCGCGAGAGGUUUGACGAUGGACUGAGGACAGUGGUAGAUGGAUUGAAAAACGUCAAUGCAGUCAUGAACACGAUGUGGAAUCGCAGCAAACCGCAGAGCUACACGCACUUCCGCACUUUCAUCUUUGGCAUCACAUCGCAGUCCAUGUUCCCCAAUGGCGUCAUCUACGAAGGUGUGAGCGAGGAGCCCAUGUCGUUCCGAGGAGAGUCGGGGGCAAACGACAGCAUGAUCCCUCUCUGCGACAACCUGCUUCAGAUCAAGAUGCCGUCGACACCGCUUACAGAGAUCCUCCAAGACUUCCGGCAAUACCGGCCGGGCAACCACCGCGAGUUCCUCGAAGCGGUACGCGGAUGCGCUGAAGCAUCAGGCGUCAGGGACUUUGCUCUGUCCAGCCCCAUCUCAGCCGCUUUGUAUCUUCAGGCGUUGAACGAGGUCCGGGAUUUCCGGUGGCGUCACUGGUGCUUCACGCGGGAGUACAUCCUCAAGCGCACGAUGCACCCAACUGCGACGGGUGGAAGCCCCAUUGUCACGUGGCUGCCCAACCAGCUGCAGGCCGUGCUGGAGCAGAUGGUCGACACGGCUGCAUACUGCAAGGGAGUGCAUGGGGUCGACGACAUCAUGGAGACGGCGUGCAGCCAGCGGGAGACGCUGAAGAAGGAAGUAGCGAAGUACUGCGGCGAACGCGGGCAUACCGGCGAAUACGACACACGACCACCUGAAGGCUCGCGGCACACCGCAGCUGCCGCGGCAGACGACCACAGCAUGGCCUCACGCCACGCGCCCAAGCAGAGCCCCAUCGACCGGCGCAAGGGCGAGAGUGCCCUCAGCGACUUCGCCGACUACGUGCAGAAGCAGCAAGCUCUGCGCCGCCCGCCAGGCCAGACGCCCGCCGACCUGGAAGAGCACGACGAGCUGAGCAUCCUCGACGAGCUCGGUCUCUCCGACGAUGCGACCCCCGCACUCCCGCUGAAGACGCUGCUCCUCGACCCCGCAGACGGCAAUGUCGACAAGCUGGCCGAGUACAUCGAGGGCCGCCUGGCCGAAGGCCACGGCGAGGCUCUCUUCGAUCUCGGCCUGGAGGACAGCGGCGACUCGAUGGCCUUCUCCGUGACGGACUGGGAGUCGGCGCUGGCAAGAGUGGGCGCCGCGUGCGACCAGACCAAGGCCGACUACAAGCUCCUCAUGACGAGGAAUGUGGGGGCUGAUCCCGAGCUCGAGGUCGGCCCCAGGGACGCCAAGGACACGGGGGCGAGCGGGAAGCUGAUUCUGCGCAGACGGCCGGAGAGCGUCGACGAUGUUAUCGAGACGCGGAUUGCCGUCGUGGGUAAUGUGGAUGCGGGCAAGAGCACCAUGCUUGGCGUGUUGGUCAAGGGCGGCCUGGACGAUGGGCGUGGCAAGGCGCGCGUCAAUCUGUUCCGGCACAAGCACGAGAUUGAGAGCGGGAGGACCAGCUCGGUGGGCAUGGAAAUCAUGGGCUUCGACAGCAAAGGCGACGUGGUUGUAUCCAACGUUGCCGGGCGCAAACUGACCUGGGAGGAGAUUGGCCGGAGAUCCGCAAAAGUCAUUGGUUUCACCGACUUGGCGGGUCACGAGAAAUACCUCCGCACCACUGUCUUCGGCCUCCUUUCCAGCGAGCCGAAUUAUUGCCUUCUCAUGGUUGCAGCGAACAACGGCCUCGUCGGCAUGUCCAAAGAGCAUCUCGGCAUCGCCCUCGCUCUCAACGUCCCUGUCAUGGUCGUCAUCACAAAAAUCGACAUCUGCCCGCCCCAGAUUCUGGAGCAGACGAUAACACAGUUGACCAAAAUCUUGAAGUCUCCGGGCGCGCGCAAAAUACCCAUCUUCAUCAAGAACAGAGAGGAGUGCAUCAACACCGCCACUCAAUUCGUGUCAAGAAGAAUAUGCCCCAUAUUCCAGGUCUCUAACGUCACAGGCUACAAUCUCGAUCUCGUCCGGACGUUUCUGAAUAUCCUGCCCCACCACGGCAACUACAAUAGCUCUGCGCCUCUAGAAUUUCACGUCAACGAUACCUUCUCCGUCCCCUUCGUCGGCACUGUAGUCUCAGGCGUUGUGAAAUCCGGCGUCAUACACACCGGCGACACCAUUCUCAUCGGGCCAGACUCUCUCGGUCAGUUCACCACCACAAAGGUUCGCUCGAUCGAGAGAAAACGGAUACAAGUCCCCGGCUGCUCUGCUGGCCAAUCCGCCUCUCUUGCGCUGCGCAACGUCCGCCGCAAAGACGUCCGCAAAGGCAUGGUCGUACUCCACAAGAACGACCCCGCCACCGGCGCCGAGCUGACCCCCAAGGUCUUUCGCGAGUUCGUCGCCGAGGUCCUUAUCCUCUCCCACGCUACAACCAUCAAGACAAAGUACCAGGCAAUGCUGCACGUGGGCCCUGUCUCGCAGACGUGCGCCAUCAUCGACAUCGAUAGGAAUUACAUCCGCACCGGCGACAGAGCGCAGGUCGCGUUCAGGUUUGUGCAGCGGCCGGAGUAUCUUACGGUGGGCGAUCGGAUUCUGUUCAGAGAGGGCAGGACAAAAGGGCUGGGCAUCGUGAAGAGGGUCGGGUAUGAUCCGAAGCAGCCGCUCAAUCCGGAGGCGCUGAAGGAGGAGAAGAAAAGCGAGGGUGGGUGA